UUACAUAUUGGCCUACAAAUGUAUACAACAGUUGAAAGGUCAAAAACAAAAAAUCAUCAUCUUGCCUGUUUGUGUUGAAUAUACAACGUUCAUACCAUGACCAGUUCUUUUCCAACUACUACUAAAAAACCAGAAUUUCAGUUAUAAUAAUUUGAUAAAUACCUGCAAGCACAUUGAGCUAUACAUUAAAGUGUAACGCCACAUUAUUACUUUACCUCCUAAGCUACAAUGAUCCAUAUACGACUUAUUUUGUUCCUAUGCAUCACACUUCAUAAUUUUCAUGGCAUCAUUUGCAGCAAUAACACUGACAAAGAUAUUCUUCUAUCAUUCAAAUUACAAGUAACUGAUCCAAACAAUGCUUUGUCCAGUUGGAAACAAGAUUCUAAUCAUUGUACCUGGUAUGGUGUCAACUGUUCCAAAGUUGAUGAAAGAGUUCAAUCUCUAACCUUAUCAGGACUUAAACUCUCUGGUAAACUACCCCCUAACCUCUCCAACCUCACUUACCUUCAUUCACUUGACCUUUCCAAUAACACUUUUCAUGGCCAAAUUCCAUUCCAAUUUUCUCAUCUCUCACUCCUCAAUGUCAUUCAAUUAGCUAUGAACGAUCUCAAUGGCACACUUCCACCACAAUUGGGUCAACUCCAUAAUCUACAGAGUUUAGACUUUUCUGUCAAUAAUCUCACAGGUCAAAUUCCUUCAACCUUUGGCAAUCUCUUAUCUCUCAAGAAUCUUUCCAUGGCAAGGAACAUGCUUGAGGGUGAAAUUCCAAGUGAAUUGGGCAAUCUCCACAAUCUUUCAAGACUUCAACUCUCAGAGAAUAACUUCACCGGCAAGCUUCCUACUUCUAUCUUCAACUUAUCUUCCUUAGUUUUCUUAUCCCUCACACAGAACAAUCUAUCAGGCGAGUUGCCACAAAAUUUCGGCGAAGCUUUUCCGAAUAUAGGGACACUUGCUUUGGCAACCAAUAGAUUUGAAGGGGUAAUCCCUAGUUCCAUAUCCAAUUCAUCACAUCUUCAAAUUAUUGAUCUUUCUAACAAUAGGUUUCAUGGGCCAAUGCCUCUUUUCAACAACUUGAAAAACCUCACUCAUUUGUAUCUCAGUAAGAAUAAUCUCACUUCCACUACAUCAUUGAAUUUUCAGUUCUUUGAUUCCCUUCGAAACUCAACUCAGUUACAAAUUCUUAUGGUCAAUGAUAACAACUUGACCGGGGAACUUCCAAGUUCGGUUGAUUAUCUUUCAAGCAAUCUACAACAGUUUUGUGUUGCUAAUAAUCAGCUAAAUGGAAGCAUUCCUCAUGGAAUGAAGAAGUUUCAAAAUCUCAUAUCCUUCUCUUUUGAACAGAAUUAUUUCACAGGAGAGUUACCAUUAGAAUUAGGAACACUCAAGAAAUUGGUGCAGCUUUUGAUACACCAAAAUAAAUUGUCUGGUGAAAUUCCAGACAUAUUUGGCAAUUUUUCAAAUCUGAUUACUCUUGGAAUAGGAAACAACCAGUUCUCAGGUAAAAUUCACGCGAGUAUAGGACAAUGCAAGAGAUUGAAUUAUCUGGACUUGCAAAUGAAUAAGCUUGUUGGUGUCAUACCAAUGGAGAUUUUUCAACUCUCUAGCUUGACAACUUUAUACUUACAUGGAAAUUCUCUGAAUGGUUCGCUUCCUCCUUCGUUCAAGAUGGAGCAGCUAGUGGCCAUGGUUGUUUCAGACAACAUGCUGUCAGGGAACAUUCCUAAAAUCGAAGUUGACGGAUUGAAAACACUAGUGAUGGCAAGAAACAAUUUUAGUGGCUCAAUUCCAAAUAGUCUAGGUGAUUUAGCAUCCCUUGUGACUUUAGAUCUAUCAUCAAACAAUCUCACUGGUUCAAUUCCCGUGAGUUUAGAAAAGCUUGAGUAUAUGAUGAAAUUAAAUUUGUCCUUCAACAAAUUGGAAGGGGAAGUUCCUAUGGAAGGCGUUUUUAUGAACCUAAGCCAGGUUGAUAUCCAAGGUAACAACAAACUAUGUGGCCUUAACAAUGAAGUUAUGCACACGUUAGGAGUCACAUCGUGUCUCACAGGUAAGAAAAACAAUUUAGUCCCUGUCAUACUAGCAAUUACAGGCGGUACUGUUUUAUUCACGUCAAUGCUCUAUCUGCUGUGGCUACUUAUGUUCUCCAAGAAGAAGCGCAAGGAGGAGAAAACAAUUUUGUCAUCAACCACUCUAUUGGGGUUGACUCAAAAUAUAUCCUAUGGUGAUAUUAAGCUUGCUACAAACAACUUUUCAGCUACAAACUUGGUUGGAAAAGGAGGGUUUGGAUCUGUUUACAAAGGUGUGUUCAACAUAAGCACUUUUGAAAGUCAAACAACUACACUUGCUGUUAAAGUUCUUGACCUGCAACAAAGCAAAGCCUCUCAGAGUUUUAGUGCAGAAUGUGAAGCUUUGAAAAAUGUUAGGCAUCGGAAUCUGGUAAAGGUGAUCACUUCUUGCUCCAGCACUGACUACAAGGGGGAUGAUUUUAAGGCCCUUGUUUUGCAAUUCAUGCCUAAUGGUAAUUUGGAGAUGAGUUUAUACCCGGAAGAUUUUGAGUCAGGAUCUUCUCUAACCUUGUUGCAAAGGUUAAACAUUGCCAUUGAUGUUGCAUCUGCCAUGGACUACUUGCACCAUGAUUGUGAUCCACCAAUAGUCCAUUGUGAUCUGAAACCUGCCAAUGUCCUACUAGAUGAGGAUAUGGUUGCACAUGUGGCAGAUUUUGGAUUGGCAAGGUUUCUUUCUCAAAAUCCAUCAGAGAAACAUAACAGCACUCUAGAACUGAAGGGAUCGAUCGGCUAUAUCGCGCCAGAAUAUGGUCUAGGAGGCAAGGCUUCAACUAGUGGUGAUGUGUACAGUUUUGGGAUCCUACUAUUGGAGAUGUUCAUAGCCAAAAAACCAACAAAUGAAAUUUUCAAAGAGGAAUUAAGCAUGAACAGAUUUGCAUCAGACAUGGAUGAAAAGCAAUUAUUGAAGGUUGUUGAUCAAAGACUUGUUAACCGUUACGAAUAUAUGACACAAAAUUCCAGCGGUGAUAGUCAUAGUAGUGAGUCUGGCAACAUCAGUUACAGUGAUGAUAGUAAAGCACAUUGGAUGUAUAAAGCUGAAGAAUGCAUAACUGCUGCAAUGAGAGUUGGCUUAUCAUGUGUAGCACAUCGUCCCAAAGAUCGGUGGACCAUGAGAGAAGCCUUAUCAAAAUUGCAUGAAAUUAAGCGGUAUAUACUAGGCUUGUGAAGUUGGUCUGAUGCCUGCUAUUUGUAAUAAGCCUCAUGUGGUCCCUUAAAAAAAUUAUACAUAAAUAGGAAUCUCAAAAAAGUUAUGAGAUGUAUUUAAAUUCACAAACAAAAUAAUUUUGUUCCUCUGCUAAUUUUUUCAGGGGUGAAAAAUGUAAAAUAAACAUGCUAAUAGCUUAUUGAUAAGAAAAGAACAUUGUAAGAUGAGUUUUGAAUUUUAAUUCUUAUUAUUUAGCUACCUUUUA